UCUGCUCGCUUGGCCGGCGCCGCGCAUGCCCAGUCACCGGGUCACGUGACGCCUGUCAUGGCCGCCCCCACUGUCCCUGGCGGCGUGAGUGUCAGGCUCCUGCUGCGGGCUGCCAGGGCCUCCUGGUGGAGCGGGACCUGGGACCCAGAGACGCUGAGAAGCAGGAAAUUCCGGACAACAGGCAGGCGCCCGGCAGAAGGGGACACCGGCGGCUCUGAGCGGCCCGGGGACGUGGUGAAUGUGGUGUUCAUAGACCGGUCAGGCCAGCGGAUCCCGGUGAGCGGCAGAGUCGGGGACAAUGUCCUCCAUCUGGCCCAGCGCCACGGUGUGGACCUGGAAGGGGCCUGCGAAGCCUCCCUAGCAUGUUCUACCUGCCACGUGUAUGUGAGCGAGGCCCACCUGGAUCUCCUGCCUCCCCCCGAGGAGCGGGAGGACGACAUGCUGGACAUGGCGCCCCUGCUCCAGGAGAACUCCCGCCUGGGCUGCCAGAUUGUGCUGACCCCCAAGCUGGAGGGGGCGGAGUUCACUCUGCCCAAGAUCACCAGGAACUUCUAUGUGGAUGGCCAUGUCCCCAAGCCCCACUGACAGGUGCAGCGGGAGCAGCCCGGGAUUGCAGUGGCCCCAGGACCAGGACUAAAGGAAGAGCCGAGCAGCCAGCCUGGUCCAGAGUGCAGACUCUGGGGGAGAGACAGGUCGCAGGCGCCAAGAAGCCCAUAGCCCUGCAAAGGGCAGAUCCCAUGUCCAGACUCUGUUGGGGACAGGACCUCUCCUUUGGGUGCCUCCUCCAACCCCUUGAGACUCGGAGUGUGAAUAGGGAUGGACUUAAGUUACAGCUGCAAUAAAACUGUCGCAGCUCUCCAGCAUGUUGAGUGUCUUUGGGGGCUGACAUCAUCAGUUCGAUACACAGCUGCGAAUGCUGCCCCCCUUGGAAGUGAGGGGGCCCUAGGGGAAGCUGAAGCAAAAGCCUGGACCCCCUCUUCUGUUUUUGUACCGGGGACGAACUUGGGUCCUCUCGCUUGCCAGGCAGGCAGCAGAACCAC